CUGAAUGUGACCACAGUUUGAGUUUGAGUUUGAGUUUGUGUGAAGAGUCGCUGUUGUAACUCAGCUAAGAAGAUGUCAGGCGUUGUGAGAUGCUGUGUACUAUUGAUGAGCGUCUGUUUAAGUAGCCACUCAUCACUAGCAUUAUUUGACACAGUUACGGUGUUAAAGGGAGAUCAUGGGAAGAUCAUCAACAUCCCAUGCGCUACCGACAAGCGUCCUCAGGAUGGGGUGUACAUGAAAAGGAUAAAACUAAAUGAAACAGAACAACAGGAAAUCUUCUACUAUUACAAGGAUGGCACUUUUACUGAUAAAACAAAUGUCAACGCCUCUAUAAUUGAAAAAGAUUUCCCCAACCUCACGGCCACCCUCUACAAUCUAACUGUCGCAGACUCUGGACUCUACUGGUGUGAAUUUAAUUUGGAAGACAAGCUAACCAAUAGCAAAGCCACAUUGUUAUGGGUGACAGAAAACACAGAAAUCAAACACGAAAAUCUUCAUCUUCGCUAUGAGAACAGAGAAAACUGUCAACCUGGGACGGUUGUCUAUGUGAUGAUAGCUCUGUUUGCCAUAAUAAUACUGUGCAUCCUUGGUUUCCUCUGUGUGAAGGUGAAAAGAAGAUGUGAGUCUGACACUUCAUUAAAAAAGUCUCCAGGCUCUUCAAUUUAUGAAGAAAUGAGCAGAAACAGACUGGAUACUUCAUCCACAUUAAUAAACCCUGCGUACCAAUCUGCCAAGCAAUUCCCAUAAACACCUGCGCUUCAUCAGGGUUUUAAUGAAACUUCCUUCAGCACAUGCAGAGAUGGCGUUUGUCUUACAGGAAUGAGAUCAAACGGUUGAAAUGUGUUCAUUUAAAGUGCUAAAUGACUAAAUGUGUCAAUAAGACAACAGGAGACAUACUGUAGUAUGUGAAAAAAAGAACGUAUGUAUGGAAAUCUUUGUAUAUGUUCACACUUAUUUCAAUCAGUGCAGAUAGGUUCUAUUUAACUUUCUUUCAUUGGCUUUAAACAUGUACCCUGCACAAUAUCCAGUAUAAUGUAAUAGUCAACAUUGAAUCAUAGCAAAUAGAAAUAUAUACUGUAUACAAAGAUGAUGAUGCUUAUAUACAUUGUGGAAACACGGAUGAGAACGAUCAAAAUGGCAAUCGUUUUUUUUGUUUUGUUUCCACAGUAAAGUGUUGAGCUAAACAUUGUACACAUGACGUAUGAUUCAAAUGUGGAUAUGAAAACGUCUGUAGCACUUGUUUUUGAUCUUGAUGUUUAUUUCUCAGCUUGGGUUUCCACUGUUACCCUGUCAUCUUCCUGUGGGUCUCUAAACUGUGGCUGCUUUGCAAAGAACUGCUGUCAUGUUUUCCUUCCGUUUUGUAACCAUUUCAACCCUCAUUACUUUACUGACUAACAAUGUUAAGAGUUUAAUGUGCAAUACAGUACAUGCGCAGUUACUAAAUCACUUUUCCCUUUUGAAAAAUUGCAUGUUUUUGAUGAUUGUUUUUAACCUAAAUGUUUUGUUAUAAUGUCUGUUCUCCAUUUGUAUUCAUUUGUAUUUUAUGAAUCGUAAUAUUGCAACGUUAUUGAUGCUUUGUUUUGACACAGAUGUCAAAACCGGUUAUCAAUACAACAAAACCAGUAGAUAUGAUCUUACUAACAAAUCCAUUGUCACUUAUUGCCACGACUCAAUAAAAUAAUCAUAGUA